CAUCAUUCGUCUGCUAAACAUCAAGACAGAAUACGGUAACAGAAAUAUAAAGGAAUUUAGUUUCGAUUGCGCCUCUGUCGUUGACAACAAUAGUUGGCUAGGUAUUGCGUAGAUUUGCGUGCUUUCCUGAAUGUGAAACUAAAGAAAAGCAAGUUAUUUGACAAAAAAAAAUGGCGGAAGAAAAAAUAAAAUGUUUCCGGAAUGAGCAAAAUAGUUCGUCGAGAAAUGAUCAAUUAGAGAAAGAUCACACAAGUGGAAAUUCCGACUACUUAGAACGCAACUAUCUACGUGAUCGCUUACAAAGUUUACAAAACAUUUUGCUUAAAGACUUCAAAAAACGAAUGAAUGAAGAGAUCGAAGGCGUGGUACAGGAGCUGCGACAGCAAGAACUUAGAGUGAAUGAAUUUAAAGGUUUCGCAAAAUCACAGAGCGACAACACAUGGAGUAAUCGCAUCUCAGCCGCAGACGUAUCUAACCAUGUCCAAAUUAGCUCCCAAAAAAUUUACUCAGAGCAAACGGAAAACACACAAAAUAAAUUGCCGACCAAACAUAAAAAACAGCCACGUCCACUGCCCGAAAAAGUGUUCGCUGUGCGAGAAUCGUAUCUGACAGCGUUGCUGGAAGUGGACCACAUGCGCACCAUUUAUCACAUAUUCAUCUCAAUAUUGUUGGUUUUGUUUAUAAACGGCGUUUUGUAUGAUUAUUUAGCUGAAGGCAGAAUAUAUUUCGGUUUGGGUACCUUCAAAUCGAGUUUAGAGAAAAUCGAAUAUGUGUUUGGGAUCUGGUUGUUGGAGCAUGCUGUAGUCUUCCUACUUUAUUACGCUUUCAAGCUUUGGGCUAAUGUACGGCUUAAACUAGCAAGACAACGUAAGUAAAUUUUUUUCACUUAG